AUGAGCGGCUACGGAGCCACGGGCAUCACGCCCCGCGCGGGAGGCUUUGGCGACUCGGAGCAGCAGCCACUCCUUGGGAACGGCAACCGCACCAUCAGUCACAAGUCGGCCAGCAUCCGCGAGAAGCUCAACGCCGACGUCCGGCGCGGCUGGUCCGAUAUCGUUUUGCUCUUCUGCUAUGUCAUCACUGGUCUGCUGGACAGCUCGUCCAUUUCCGUCUGGGGAUCUUUCGUCUCGAUGCAAACCGGAAACACGGUGUACAUCGGCCUGGGCCUUGCCGCACCCACCGAGUCGACGCGCUGGAUCAAGUCGGGCACGUCGCUCAUCUUCUUCUGCCUCGGCUCCUUUUGCUUCAGCCGCUUCCACCGUUACUUUGGCCAAAAGAAGCGCUGGGUGCUCGUCGCGUCCUUUGCCAUCCAGAUGCUGCUGUGCACCGCCGCGGCCGUGAUCCUGACCUUUGGCCCCAAGACGGACGAGCACGCCAUCAACUGGACCGUCCUGGUGCCCAUCGCGCUCAUCGCCUUCCAGGCCUGCGGCCAGUGCAUCACCAGCCGCGCCCUCAAGUUCAACGCCCUCACCUCGGUCGUCCUCACCAGCAUCUACUGCGAUCUCUUCAGCGACCAGAACCUAUUCGCCCUCAGCAACGUCGAGCGCAACCAGCGCACCGCCGCCCCGCUGCUCCUGCUGUUUGGUGCCUGCUGCGGAGGUCUGCUCGCGCACACCUCGUUCGGCAUCGCCGCUGCGCUGUGGACUGCCGCGUUUCUCAAGGGCUGCAUUGUCGUCUCGUGGUUCCUGUGGCCUGCUGAGGAGGCUUGA